UAAGAGUUUGCGGGGUAGAGGAGGCCGGAAGCCUGGACCCUUUGGUGAGCUGAAAACCUGCUCGCUCUCGGUGAAGCUGUUGCGCAGUGCAUCGAAUAUCACAACACCAGAAAGCCGCACUCGAGGACAACCGAGGCGGCCUGGGGCCCCCAGUUGACUUGACGACCUUCAAGCGAUCUAUACCCGAGAAGAAAAACCAAAGAAUGUCGAAUCGACGUGGGAACCAGAGCGCACCGGCUGCGAACCGUGGCAACACUAUCAAUGGAAAUCGACACACGCCGGCUACGCCGCCGUAUGUUUACAGCCCACCAACACCCGCAAGCCCAACUGAGGGGCAGUACAUGAGAAUCGGGCUCGCCGCGAUGUCUGAGGCAGAGCGCGAACCCCAGGUCUCAUUGGGAAGCGGUCUCCAUUUCAGAGCAGUUGGCCGCUUAAACAGUACCAACUGGGACUCCUGGAGCAGGAGGAUGCGCGAGGCCAUGAUGAAGGAGGGUGUUUACAACUUGGUUAUGGGGAAUGAGCCCGAAGAUCAUCACACGCCGAAUGGGCAGGCUAAGAUUCGACAUGCGCUCUUGGGCAUUCAGAACCAACUCAGCGACGCAUUGUUUUCAGACGUGGGAGAGAUGCCGAGCCCGAAGCGCCUUUGGGGGUACCUUCAAACCGAAUCAAACCGGUUCCCGGUCAGGUCAUCGAAUCUGAGCGUUAAUGCCGAACUUCGGUCGAUUGUCAAAUGGUUGAACAGUAUAACCCUCGAGAACUGCACCGAUGUGAAUGAGUAUGAACAGAGGAUCAGCGGCUGUGCAACCCAACUCAAGCACCUAGACGCCGCAUUCGAGCUUCCGGAGUGGUACUAUACCACACGCUUCCUCAUGAAUUUGGGGCCCGAUUACGAAGAAUUCGCUUUCAAUCUGUUACAGACCGCCAAUCUCGGCGUCGCCAGAGAGUACGUGGGCCCACCCAUGUCGCUCAAACAGGUGGCGCAGAAGACGCGAGAAGAAGAAGCCCGACAACGACGGCAAAAGGCGAUUCAGAAGGCGGAGAUCGAGCGGGCCGCCAUAGCAGCGCAGGCCGUAGCAGGUCCGUCGAACAAGCGACGGCGCGUUGAGAAAGGAUGUAGCGCCUGUGGGCGUGUCAACCACGUUGAGACGGAAUGCCGGUUGACGCACCCUGAGCUGAUGCCCCAACGUGCGAAGCGAUUGAUUUCGACAACGGUGUACUGUUGGGCGGCUGCUAUCUGGCGUAUGGUAUUGGCAAUCUGUUUCUAGAGGUCGAUGGACCCAGCCAAACUUUGGAAGUGAUGUAUACUGGACAUCAAUCAACGUCUUUCGGGGCAUCUUGCUGGAACUAUCGAUAACUCAACGAAUCGCAUAGCCUUGCCACGACGGAGGUUCAUUGUCAUAUCUGCCCUAUCAACUUUCGAUGGUAGGAUAGUGGCCUACCAUGGUGUCAACGGGUAACGGGGGAUUAGGGUUCGACUCCGGAGAGGGAGCCUGAGAAACGGCUACCACAUCCAAGGAAGGCAGCAGGCGGGCAAUUGGUAAUUACCUUACCCAAUGCCAACCCGGCGAGGUAGUUACAAUAGAUACUGAUAUAGGGCUCUAUCGGGUCUUGUAAUUGUAAUGAGCACAGUUUAAAUCCCUUAACGAGGAACAAUUGGAGGACAAAA